AUGGCCAAACAAAUGAAAACUGUUUAUCUUGCUCUAAAUCCUCUCAGAGAAUUUAUAGGUGAAUUCAAGGUUUUUAUAUGUCUUUAGUAUAAUAUAGACAAAAAUAAUAAUUGCUAAACUUAUUUAAAUUUAAAUUUAUACUUUUUCUAAUCAAAUUUGCACACUAAUAAAUGCAAAUAAGGUUAUUUUGAAAUAGAGAAAGAAUGUUCAUUAUAGUAUUAUUUUAUUAAUAUUAUAGUCCAUCGAUAGUUAAUAAAAAUAUGAUUAUAUUUUUUGAAAGUUACAGUAAUCCAUUGAACUGGUAGUUUGAUCUUACUUGUCAGAAAUAUCUUUUCUUGUCAGAUUUGGGAAGUAUAGAAUAAUCAUUUUUUUAUGAAGGCCAAGAAAUAUAUUAUUUUGAUGGAACUCCUGAUUACAUUUCUUAUUCAAGAUAAUGCAAGAAAUGUAUUAUCGAUUACUUUAUUUAUUUCUUAGAAUACAUAUGCUAUAAUUAAAAUUUUUGCUCUUUGUUGCCUUCAUAUCCAAUAUUUGAGAAUAAAUCUCAAAAUUAAAUAAGUUGUGCACUUUGUUAAGAUAAUUAAAAUUUGAUUUUCAUGCGUAUUUUAGUAACCUUAAAUAAGAAAUUUUUUAAGUUCUUUAAUUGA